AUGCUCAGGCCCAAGCUUACUUACCCACAUCAAUCGUCCAGCGAUCCUCCAUCCUUGCUAUCCUCCUCGGAACUCCGGGACCUAACUCUCGCUCCAUCUGCCAUACGAUCUGCCAAGAUCACCAUAAUCCACCCACAACUACGAGAUCUCAUCUUACCGCUUGAACGAGGUCGGGUAUUGUACCCUAGGGGAACAACGAUUGAAGAGCAGAGAUGGCUGCCUGCAGUAGGUGAGGAUGAGGAGGGGGAAGAGGGUAUGGUCAAAAGGGGUAUCACUGGAAGCACAAGACCUUUGAUUAAUCUCGAUUUCGUACCCAACUGCCUGACCGCUAGCUCAUCCAUAUUCGCAUGUGGUGGUCAGCAUGGUGAACUAUACGUAUGCGAUCUGCCUCAACCUUCUCAAAAUCCAUUGACCAGCAAAUACAUCUCUUCGGCACCCAAGAUCAAGCCUUUCGUCAUCAAAACGAUACUAUCGGGACGAUCGAUCAACAACUCCAUCAUCAUACCACCGACAUGGCCGAACCAAUGGUCCAAAGUAUCCGAAGAGAAGAGAUUGGGAUACGCGAAUCGCGGUUCCAGGAAAUGGGAAGAAUUGGGCAGAUACGAUGAAGAAGUGUUGUUGGGGAAAACCGAAAAUGGCCAAUGGGUGACCAGACGACCAUCCCCAAUCCAUUCCGAGGAUGAAGAUGAAGCUAUGGAGGUCUCUGACGACUCGGACGAAGGUGAAGGAGACGAAGAUAUAGAUAUCAUGUCUGAUGAUACCGAUGAAGAGGAGGGUUACGAAGUGUCAGCGACCUCUCCGAUAUCAGAUGCGUCAGUCGCUACAUACCCCAACACCGUUCCCUUCUUACAUGCGCCCAGAAUCCCGCAUCUACCAAACCCAGCUCAUCAAGCCCACUCCCGACCAGCUUCAACUUCUUCAAGACGGACAACGUCUGUCACCGAUGAACCGCGAAUUCUGAUCUCCAAUAAUGACUGUACAGUCAAGAUGUUUUCACUGCAUCAAGUCUCCUCUUCAUCAUCAUCUAGUCAUCCCACCAUCGAAGAGAGAGACCCCAUCUCCGCGCCAUUCUACACGCAAGGUAGAGAACCAUUCUCAUCUACACGUGCCGAGCAACGCGAUCGACUCGCUAAUAGAGAUCGUCUAUCUUCAAGACCGUUGGACAGGUUAGGUCUGGGUGCACCUAGAAGUUCAACCUCAAGAAAUGGUACUGCAUUCGAAUGGAGCUCCGUCCCUUUGGAUAGAAAUGAAUUUGUCAGACAGUAUCUACCUGACCCACACGUCACGCCCUUCACCCUGGCAGAGCGAGAGACCUUGUCUUUACAGAGAGACCUGAGAAGGGCUUCGGAAGGUUUGCGCGCUGAGCAUGAUUCCCUGAGACGAAGUCGGGAGGAUUUUGAAAGGAUCAUAGGAAUGAGAAUUGAUGCGAACCGGGCAAAUGGUACUUCUAGCAGGAACAACAGUGGUAACGGAAAUGAGGAGAGGGAGGAAAGAAAGCUAAACAAAGUAGGAGGGACUAGGUUCAAGGUGGCCACGAACCAUUCCUCGCUUUCACCUGAUCUAAGAACGAUGGUAUCUGUUGGCGACUCUACGGAAGUCAGUAUAUUCGAGGUGAUUGACGGGGGACGAGAGUUCAGGAAAAUCGCUGUAUAUGAUGCUGCAACCGACGCCGGUUUCUCCACUGCCUGGAGCAAAGAUGGUAGAAAGUUCGCUGUAGCUAGUCAAGACGGCCAAGUGACAGUAUGGGACCAUCGAUCGUCCAAGCCAUUGGCGAUCUUCCACACCUCCGACAACGCAACCUCGCUGUCGGAACAACCAUCGUUCAUGAACGAUAUUUCAGCUUCUCAUCUUUCGUCUUCCCCUUCUUCUCCCACUUCCUCAGGUGGAUGGAAUGUGGUUGGACCCGAAGGUAUAGUCUUACGAGACCCGAUCACUGGAACACCAAGAACGGGAACUAGUACAUCUGGCAAAGAAGCUGCUCGAGUGGUCAAAUUUACUCCAGAGGGCAGCAAUAGGGAUUUAAUGGUAUUUUCGGAGGAGAACUCCAAUGUCCAUCUCAUUGACGCUCAAACAUUCCACACUCACGUCGUCAUACCCGUCCCGCACAUCCCUUCCGGUACAGCAGACCCUGGAGCGUCGACCAAGCCCAGACAAGGUGUCGAGAAUGGUACGUGGGGUAUAGCAGGUGUAGGGUUUGACCCAAUCGGGGAUUGGUUGUACAGUGGUACCGAGAGAACAGUUGUUGAGUGGGACCUGCGAAGAGGGUGUGGCGGUGGAGGGGGAGUUUGGGGACUUGCUUAA